AUGUCUUACGAUUAUCUCUUUAAGUAUAUCGUCAUCGGCGAUACUGGAGUUGGGAAAUCAUGCCUUCUGCUUCAGUUCACCGACAAGAGGUUUCAGCCGGUGCAUAACCUAACCAUUGGUGCUGAAUUUGGGGCGAGGAUGAUCAACAUCGACAACAAACCCAUCAAACUCCAGAUCUGGGAUACGGCUGGUCAAGAGCGCUUUAGGUCUGUCGUAAGGUCCUACUAUAGACUUGGUGCAGGGGCUUUGCUUGUCUAUGAUAUCACAAGGAGGGAGACAUUUAACCAUGUAGCGAGCUGGCUAGAGGAUGCAAGGCAGCAUGCAAAUGCAAAUAUGACGAUAAUGCUGGUUGGGAAUAAGUGUGAUCUUUCCCGCAAAAGGGCAGUGAGCACAGAGGAAGGAGAGCAGUUUGCAAGGGAGCACGGUCUUAUAUUCAUGGAGGUCUCUGCCAAGACUAAUCAGAAUGUCGAGGAGGCAUUCAUCAAGACAGCGGCCACAAUAAACAAAAAGAUUCAAGAUGGUGUGUUUGAUGUGUCAAAUGAGUCGUAUGGAAUUAAAGUUGGAUAUGGAGGAAUUCCAGGGCCAUCAGGUGGAAGAGACGGAUCGGCAUCGAAAGGAGGAGGAUGCUGCAGCUAA